GUUCUAUUUGAUUCAGCCCAAGACAAGAAUGUUAUUGUAAAGCCUGUACCUUUAAUGGUUCCUGUAGACAAUAUAGUUGAACUAUCUGAAGUAUUCCUGAUUAGAAUUAGUGCUACUAGCGCACAUGUUAAGAUUACAGGAGUUACAACUCAGCAACUCAUUGUUGACAGUGAGGAUGUUUUUAGAAUUGGUAUUAAAGAUAUUAAUAUCUCAGUAAUGGAAGGAGGGACACUAGUGCUAACUAUACAGCAGAUAGGAGAUGAGAGAGGGGGAGAAGCAAUUGGAGGUUUACCAGAAAACAAAAUACAACCAAUUGUAUUAAGACAUGAAGGAGGGAAUGCUACAAGAGGUGGCUUACAAUCUGAUUUCUCCUUUAAUCCUACUGUUCCUAAAUUAACCUACAGUGUUAAUAAUACACUGAAUGAUAUUACAUUCACUCCUAUCACUAGUAUUGAUGAUAAUAUCAUUGAAGGAAAUGAAACAAUAAGAGUCAUCAUAGUACCUGGUGGGGGAUCAAAUGACCCUAAUGACCAUAAUGUACAAGUAGAGCUGCAGUGGCAAACAGCUACAAUCACCAUCAUUGAUAAUGACUAUGGUGUGCUGUCAUUAGAGAGAGGAACAUAUGAUGUGAUUGAGAAUGAAGGAAGUGUAGAAAUAUGUGCUGUACUAACUGGAGGAGUAUUAUCAACUGAUACAGUAAUAACUCUACAAACUGAAGAUAACACUGCAGUAUGGAACAGUGACUAUAGUACUCGUGAAAUGCAUUCAAUACUAAAAGCAUUUGGAAGCAGGACAUGUGGCAGAUUUAAUAUCAUGAAUGAUGCUGUUAAAGAGGAACUGUAUCAGAACUUUAAAGUUGAAAUAGUCAAUGUUAAUCCACAGAACAGUGCAGUAGCAAUAGACAAGAAUCAAUCAAUUAUUAGGAUACGGGAUGAUGAUUAGUCUAUCAGCAAAAUGUCCUCAGACUUAAAACUUUA